GCGAGAGUAGGCUAGGCCGCAGUUCGUCUGUAUUGCGGUGAGUGCAACUGUACGAGCGGCGCCUUCUCGCCAAUUCAUUCAACUCUAGCAACCCAUAAAACAGAGGACAGGAGGCGGUCUUGCGCUUUUACAUUGAACGGAGGACGACCACCUCUUUCUACGGCUCUGCAAGCUUCCCUUUUAAAUUGCGACACAUACUGCUUUGGAAGAAACCAGCCUGAAACCUUGAACAAAGACUGUUGACAUCUAGUGGAAGCCAUAGGAAUUGCAAUCUGGGAGCUGGAUUUGGAUAUGCCCCAAAACUUUCAAUUGUAAGAGCAUGGGCUCUCACAAAAACAAAAAAACAUUCUGAGCUCUGACACCUGCUCAUAGGACAUUGAAACUUUGGCAAAGAGCUGCAUCACGCCACUGACCACCCAGAGACGCAUAAAAGCAGAGAGAACUACAGAGAAGUAGCUUCCAGCUCUCACCCCUUUUGCACGGCCACUGAAGAAGAGCCACAGAGUGCGCCAAUACUACACAACGGACAACAAAGGGAAAACAGGUGGAGCCGGAGCUCGGCAGCCCCGGCAGAAGCUCUUCACCAUGGACGUGGAUGAAGAGGAGAACAUGAGUUCGAGCAGCACCGACGUAAAGGAAAACCGUAACCUGGACAACGUCUCCUCCAAAGAGGGGGAGGCUGUAGCUGAGCAGCUCCCCAACGGCAGUGGCGGGGGCAGCAGGAAGCGCCCCUUAGAGGAGGGAAACAAUGGCCACACGCACUCCAAGUUCCGGGCCAAGAAGCGUAAGAAAAUGCCGGGCCCGGUUCUACCCAAGAAUGCCCUUAUGCAGCUGAAUGAAAUUAAGCCGGGGCUGCUGUAUAAGCUGCUAUCUCAAACGGGUCCAGUCCACGCUCCCGUGUUUGUCAUGACCGUCGAAGUCAAUGGGCAGCUGUUCGAGGGCUCAGGUCCCACCAAGAAGAAGGCCAAGCUGAAUGCAGCAGAGAAGGCACUGCGCUCCUUUGUCCAGUUCCCCAACGCCUCCGAAGCGCACCUGGCUAUGGGCCGGACACUGACAGUCAAUACAGACUUCACAUCCGACCAGGCCGACUUCCCAGACAUGCUCUUCAACGGGUUUGAGACGCCCGCACCGCCCGAGGACUCCUUUUACCUGGGCUCCAAUGGCAGCGGCUGCUUAAACUCGCUGGGAGAGUACUCCAUGCCUUCCACCCCAGGUGCUAACUUAGCCCAGGCCCUGUUGCCCCCUCACUCAUCCUUCACCUCGCCCUCGAGCGGCAAGAACCCUGUCAUGAUCCUCAAUGAGCUAAGGCCGGGCCUCAAGUAUGACUUUUUGUCCGAGAGCGGCGAGAGCCAUGCAAAGAACUUUGUCAUGCAGGUAUCGGUGGACUCACAGCAGUUCGAGGGCUCUGGACGAAACAAGAAGCUGGCCAAGGCCCGGGCCGCCCAGGCAGCCCUCUCAGCCCUCUUCAACAUGCAGCUGGACCAGACGCCCUCCCGACAGCCCAUCCCCAGAGAGGGACUGCAGCUCCACCUACCCCAGGUCCUCGCCGACGCGGUCUCUCGCCUGGUUGUGGACAAGUUCAGCGAGCUGACGGACAACUUCACCUCCCCCCACGCGCGGCGGAAAGUCCUGGCAGGGGUCGUCAUGACAACAGGCACGGACGUGAAAGAGGCCCAGGUGAUCUGUGUCUCCACGGGCACCAAGUGCAUCAAUGGCGAGUACAUGAGUGACCGCGGCUUGGCGCUCAACGACUGCCAUGCAGAGAUUAUCGCCCGCCGCUCGCUCAUCCGGUACCUCUACGCCCAGCUGGAGCACUUCCUAAGCAGCAACAAGGAGGAGCAGCAGAAGUCCAUAUUCACGCGCUGUGACAAGCGUGGCUACCGGCUAAGGGACAACGUUCUGUUCCACCUCUACAUCAGCACCUCGCCCUGCGGAGACGCACGCAUCUUCUCACCGCACGAGGCCGGCAUGGAAGACCAAGGAGACCGACACCCUAACCGGAAGGCGAGGGGCCAGCUGAGGACUAAAAUAGAGUCUGGGGAGGGGACCAUUCCCGUGAGGACCAGCAACACCAUCCAGACAUGGGACGGGGUGCUGCAGGGAGAAAGGCUGCUGACCAUGUCCUGCAGUGACAAGAUCGCAAGAUGGAACGUGGUGGGCAUCCAGGGCUCUCUGAUGAGCUACUUCACGGAGCCCAUCUACUUCUCCAGCAUCAUCCUGGGCAGCCUGUACCACGCCGACCACCUCUCCCGGGCUAUGUACCAGCGCAUAGCCGACAUCGAGGACCUGCCCCAACAGUUCAGCCUCAACAGGCCUCUACUGAGCGGCAUCAGCAACGCGGAGGCAAGGCAGCCGGGCAAGGCACCCAAUUUCAGCGUGAACUGGGUGGUGGGCGACCUGGCGCUGGAGGUCAUCAAUGCUACCACGGGCAAAGACGACAUGGGGCGCGCCUCGCGCCUCUGCAAGCACGCCCUCUACAGCCGCUGGGUUCGCCUGCAUUCCAAGCUGUCAUCCACACUGAGGAUCAAGGUGUCCAAGCCCAGCUCAUACCACGACGCCAAGCAGGCGGCGGUGGAGUACCACAACGCCAAGCAGACUCUCAUCAAGGUCUUCCACAAGUCGGGCCUGGGGGCCUGGGUGAAGAAGCCCAUCGAGCAGGACCAGUUCUCCCUCAACUCCUGAUUAGGGGGUUAGGGGAAGCUCAUAACCCAACCCACUGCACCCCAACCCCCUCUCUAGGCCUGAGAAAGAGGCUCUUCAAAAUUACCAGCCACUGAGACUUUGUGUCUGUGUGCGUGUGUCUGCGUGCGUGCGUGUGUACCUCGUGCAUGUGUGUGUGUAUGUCUGUCUUGAGUGUUUGUGAGAAAUAACGCAUGUGGUUCUGGCCACCUCCCUCCGUCCCAAUCACUCUGCUCUCGUUCCUCAUGGCUGUGGUGUCAUCACUCUGUAAAACAUUCUUCUUCUUUUUUAAUCGAUGGCACUCGAUGUUCAAUCUGCCCAUCUAAUCACGAAGUCUUGCCAUUUUUAACUGGAAUCCUUUUUAGUCAUUGUUGUUUUAUUUGCAAGACUUUACAUGAAGUUGUCCAUACACCAUGUAGUUACUAUAUACUUAUUUCUGUAACCAGAAUGUAGAAUGUACAACGAUUCUAUUUCUACUAUUCAGUUAAAUGUAAUUACACUAGUAUAAACCCAAAUGCCAUGUGACUUUUUAACCUAUUGUAGAAUUUUACCUUUUUAAUGUCUUAUUUUAUUACAAUAUAGCCCCUUUAUUAUAAGCACGUAUGAUAUUAUGCUAAAUGCAAAUCCAAAAUGUUGGUUACAGUCAUUCAAUCAUUAUUCAUUUGAAAUCUCUUCUUUUGGUCCCGUUACAUCUUAAUUAUUUAUUUGUUGGCAUUUUUGGUCAUUCAAUUACAUUCCCAUUCCGUACUUGAACAUUGGGCCCUGGUGGAGGCUGUCGACGAUUCCCCUCGAGUCCUUUGACCUGGGGGGGUUGAGGAGAGUUGUGGAUGUGCUGCACGUUUUGUCUUGUUGAAGUAAGCCAUGGCUUUGCAUGGGAAUGGUGUCAGAGUUCGGCGAGUUGAUUCGGUAGAGAACCAACAGGGAUCUGCUCGAGUGAUUUUUUUUGUUUUUUGUUUUUUUCCCCCUGCACAUGGAGCUUUGAAUCAUGUUUCUCUCUUUAAUGUGUUUGUUUUGUUUCCUGGAGGGGGCUUGUUUUUUUUAGUAUUGCAACUUUGGAGUUUUUUGUGUUGGAUAGAUGGAUUAUACUGCAACUGAAUAAUGACAGGAAUUAAGUAUUUCUAUCAAUGACACUGCAUAGGGGCUACAUUACACCUCCUUCAUAAGCAUGAUCCUCAUGGACAUUAUGCAUCCAUGCCCUGGGCAUUUAUAAAUGCUUAUGUCAACAACCUCGGAUCGAUAGGUCAUGGUCAUGCCACACAAUACAAGUCUGGUGACAUAACACAUCUUAUGUCAAUCUGGGGUUGUUAUGAAGGUGUAAAGUAGGCCAUAUGUCAUGUAAUUCAUAGAGAGCUGGGAAAUGCAUGUCUCCAAGAGCUUAUGUCGUCAUUUAAACAACUCUUGUAAGCAACACGAUUGUUGAUUGCUCAUUGUGUGAGUAAACUUCCAAGGGAACACAAAGAAACGCAUGAGAGAUUUUACAAAGUUGAGUUUGGUACCACCCACCCACUCAAUGACCAAUCCGUGUUUUCUCAAUCCAAGUCCUAUUGGUCCGAUUCCCUGGGUGUUCUGUAAGCCCUCUUCCCCACUCUCUCCCAUGUGUUCAUCUUUUCUAUUUCAACUAUUUCUACAACAUGAUAAACUCUGGAUGCCAGUAAUGACAACUUUCUAAUGUAUUAUCUGUGUGCUCUCCCUUAUAGGCUGGUCAUAUACCUCUAAUAUCAGCAUUGUACAUGGCCAGUGACAAACCACAAUGUAAACGGACACACUGCAAAGGAAUGAUUAUUAUGAGGUAUUCUUUAAGUUGGUGUAUUUUUAUAUCUGAUAUAUUUGGUUCAAAACAGCAGGGGAAGGUGCUUGGAGUCCCAGCAGUGUGUGUGUUGUAUGUACACUACAUGACCAAAAGUAUGUGGACAACUGCUCGGCGAACAUCUCAUUUCAAAAUCAUGGGCAUUAAUAUGGAGUUGGUCCCCCCUUUGCUGCUAUAACAGCCUCCACUCUUUUGGGAAGGCUUUCAACUAGAUGUUGGAACAUUGCUGCAUUCAGCCACAAGAGGAUUAGUGAGGUUGGGCACUGAUGUUGGGCGAUUAGGCCUGGCUCGCAGUCGGCAUUCCAAUUCAGCCCAAAGGUGUUUGAUGGGUUGAGGUCAAGGAUUUGUGCAGGCUGGUCAAGUUCUUCCAUACCGAUCUCAACAAACCAUUUCUGUAUGGACCUCGCUUUGUGCAUGGGGGUAUUGUGAUGCUGAAACAGGAAAGGUCCUUCCCCAAACUAUUGCCACAAAGUUGGAAACACAGACUCGUCUAUAUUGUCAUUGUAUGCUGUAGCGUUAAGAUUUCCCUUCACUGGAAGUCUGGAACUAAGGGACCUAGCUUGAACCAUGAAAAACAGCCCCAGACCAUUAUUCCUCCUCCAUCAAACUUUACAGUUGGCACUAUGCAUUGGGGCAGGUAGCGUACUCCUGGCAUCCACCAUACCCAGAUUUGUUCAUUGGACUGGCAGAUGGUGAAUCGUGAUUCAUCACUCCAGAGAACGAGUUUCCACUGCUCCAGUCCAAUGGCGGCGAGCGUUACACUACUCCAUCUGACGCUUGGUGUUGCGCAUGGUGAUGUUAGGCUUGUAUGCGGCUGCACGGCCAUGGAAACCCCCCAACAAAGUUAUUGUGUUGACAUUGCUUCUAGAGGCAGUUUGGAACGUGCUAGUGAGUGUUGUAACCGAGGACAGUCCCGUUCUUUGAGCUUGUGUUCGCAGUUGUUGUUGCUCAGAUAUUCCCACUUCACAAUGACAGCACUUACAGUUGACCGGGGAAGCUCUAGCAGGGAAGAAAUUUGACGUACUGACAUGUUUGAAAGGUGGCAUGCUAUGACGGUGUCACGUUGAAAGUCACUGAGCUCUUGAGUAAGGCCAUUCUACUGUCAAUGAUUUUGUCUGUUGAGAAUGCAUGGCUGUGUGUUCGAUUUUAUACGCCUGUAAGGAACUGGUUUGGCUGAAAUAGCCCGAAUCCACUAAUUUGAAGUGAUGUUCACAUACUUUUGUGUGUAUAUAGUGGAUGUCUAGAGUAAGGAGAUUGUGUGACACUGCUCGAUAAAUGUCAUAAAUGAGAUUGCUGUGGAAUCUGCACCAAAGAUGAUGUCCUUGUGUGUUUUUCUCACAAAUGUCUUUGAGCAACAACAAAGGAAAAGGGGGAAACAUUUUUUUAAACGUGUUUCGCACACACCAAUUGCUGGGUAUAAAUUGCAAUGUUUUUGUACUUUCAUUUUAUCAAUGUAUUUUUUUUAUUUGUAUAAAAUGAUGGGUUGUAUUCUGUUGUAUUUCAGCUUUGUUGUGGAAUCUUUCUUGUCGGGCUCUUUCGGUAUUUCUGUAGCUGUCGAUUAUCAAGGUGUUAUUAUUGUGAACCUCUUUUCUAUUGCUAUGGAAAUGAUGCGUAUAGCAAUAUACUGGUUAAAAAUGUGAUGCCUGUGCAAUUCUUCUUCCUUCACUGUCUAGUUCUUGUUCUCCCUCCAUGAAACUGCUGGGAUGUAUUUGAUUUGUUUUUAGUCUUUCAUUUGAACUCUUAAAGGUCCAAUGCAGCCUUCUUUUUUUUUAAAUCUCAAAAUCAAAUAAUUUCUGGGUAACAAUUUAAGUACCUUUUUGUGGUUAUUUUUCAACCACCAGCUAGUUUUCAAAAAAUAAACAAAAAUAGAGUAUUUGCAAAGAGAGGUUUUUUUAAACAAGAAUCUUGCUAGGACUGUCUGGGAGUGAUCUGAGUGGUGCGGGGAAAACUCGCUGUUUUUGGCAGAGAGGUUUGGAACUCUUAUUGGUCUAUUAACUAACUUGCCGCCCGUUGACAUCACCAGGCAGGCCAAAACUCCAUCGCGCCAAAACAGGCAGAAAUUGUAGGCAGUCUUUUGAAUUAAUUUAAUUAAUUAAACCGCUCUAAUACUUAAAGGGCAUUAUCAGCAUUUUCACAAUUUCACAGUAUUAUUCCAACCUCAGUUUGGAAAUAUAUAUAUAAAACACAGAAAAUGUUGUUUUUGACUAUACUGGGCCUUUAUAAAAAAUAAAGCUAGUUCCUGUACCUUCACUGCAACGGCCAGAGAUGUGCUACUAAUUGUUGAGCAAAUGUCCUGUGUCGCUGUGUCCUUGUGAAUCGUCUCUGAAAGGCCUCUUUACCUCAUACCUCUGCAGUCACAUUGUGAGCCCCCCCCCGAAAAGAUCCAGGUCAUGAGCAAUAUGUCCCCCAACGCCCCCUUUAAUGAGGCCCCAGGAGGAACGGGACCAGAAAGAAUGGUUCCCCUCCCCCUCUGUUCCCCCCUUCGUCGUGCUCUCUUUUAAAACUGACUGUUUGAAACUUCUUCUUUUUUAAAGCCUGCCUGCUUCUCCAUAGUAUGGUUCUUAUUUUUUGGACUGCACUAAAGAUGUCAAUUGAUGAUGUCAUGACACAAACCGUCCCCCAAAAUGGACAGGUCGGAACUAUUUGCAAGAAACUGAACUGCUUCCCUAUGGCCGAGUGCUCCCAGCGGUCUAUAAUCCCCGUUCGGUCGGCCGUCCUGACCGCCUUGUGAUUAUUUGGUGACUGUUCAGUGGUCCCGGUGUGGUCCACUCGGGGUGGUCAGAGGACUCCUCUACUCUCCUCUCACCCCACAUCCGCUGUGCAAUCUCCACCUGGACCACCAUCUUGCAUGUGCUCCCACACUGAAGCUGCACCUAAAGCAUGAAGACAUACUUUUAAAGUACUCUUAUGUAGAAAAAAAAACUGAUAAAUAGAUAUAUAAAAUGAAGAAAAAUAAUAAUAAAGGAGACCUUAGUUUA